GUUGAAAUUAAGGGAGGAAUAAUUUUGUGUUGACUUUCCAAAAAUACCCUUGAUGUGAUGGGUAAAAGUAGGAUGUGAUGUGUAGAUUAUUAGGAAAAAGGUAUGAUGUGAUAGGUAGGGUUUGAAAAAGUAAGGGGUAAAAGUGGUUUUUUAAUAGAAAUGGGUAAAGGAUUGUGGGACGCAAUUUUUUUGAAACGUGUAAAUCUUUUUGGGACGGAGGGAGUAUGAUGGAAUAGUGUUACUCGUAUUAUAUUAAACGAGCCCUGCUCAAACUUGAUGAAGCAGACACCAGAGAGAUGUUAAAGUCCACUCUUCACCGCAUCUGAGUCCUUCUUCCUCCCUGUAUCUCUGCAACUUCUCCUUCUCUCUGCUUUCUUUCUCUCUCUAAACUCAGCUGUGAGUCACAUUCUGUUUAGCCAAACCCGAGAAGAAAGAAGAAGAAGAAGAAGAAAGGAGAGAUAUACAGUGCUAAUUAAAGAAGCUAGCUUUUAGUAGUAAUUGUUUUCUUCUUCUUCUUCUGGGUUUCCAAGAUUCAAUUUUUUUCAUCUCAGAUCUACAAGUUCACAUACCAUUUCUUGAUUUGUCCCCUCUGGGUUUCUUUUUUAAGGCUUGUUAAAUAUGAGUAAAGAAGAGUUCUUGAAGAUCCAGACUUGUGUACUAAAAGUUAAUAUCCACUGUGAUGGCUGCAAGCAUAAAGUGAAGAAGAUCUUGCAGAAGAUUGACGGGGUUUAUAAAAUCAGCAUUGAUUCGGAAUCCGGCAAGGUGACGGUCUCCGGCAAUGCCGACCCGGCCACGCUGAUCAAGAAGCUGACCAAACAUGGGAAGCAUGCUGAGAUGUGGGGUGCCCCCAAGAACAACAACAACAACCAGAACCAGCAGGCUAUGAACAAUCAGAUGAAGAAUUUGCAGAUUGACAGUGGCAAGGGUGGGAAUAACAGCAAAGGGCAAGGGCAGAAGGGUAAUAAUAAUAACAACAAUACUAGUAAUAAUGGAAAUCAGCAGCAGCAGCAGGGGGGUAAAAUGGGGAAUCCAAUGAUGAUGCCUAAUCUCCAGCAGCAGCAGCAGAUGCAGCUUCAACAGCUGCAGCAAUUGAAGGCUUUGCAAGAUAUGAAGAUGGGUGGCGGUGGCGGCGGCGGUGGCCAGUUUAAGGAUCUGAAACUCCCCAUGGGUAUGAAUCGGAUGGUGCCCGGCGGCGGCGGUGGGAAGGUUCCGCCGCCGAUUCCGAAGGGCGGGAAGCAGGCCCUUCUUGAGGAGGAUGAAUUUAGUGAUGAUGAGUACGAUGAUGAUGAUGAUGAUUUGGGCGAUGAGUUUGACGAUGAUGAUGAUGAUUUCGAGGAUGAUGAGAUGGAUGAAAUGCCUCCGCCCAAUAAGAUGAAGCCGGCUAUGGGCGGCGGCGGCGGUGGUCAGAUGCCUAAUAUGUUGAGUGCUCAGAUGCAGAACAUGUUGAAUGCUGCGCAUCACGGUGGCGGUCCGGGCGGUGGAGGAAAUGCCAAGAAGGGCGGAAACGGCGGAGCUGCCCAAAAUGUCCCUGUUCAGGUUAACAUGGGUGGUGGUAAGAAAGGGGGCGGAGGCGGGAACAACGGUGGCGGAAACCAAAAUCCCGGCCCCGGAUCUGCUCAAAAGGGUGGCAAAAACGGCGGAGGCAAGCCCCAAGAUGGAAAGAACAACGGCGGAGGCGGCCCGAACAAGGCCGGGCACGGCGGAGGCGGAGGUGGCGGUGGUGGUGGGAAUCACAAUAAUGGGAACGGCAACGGUGGCAAGAAAGGUGGUGGAGGGAUGAAUGAUGGGUUGCCUGGCAUGCCAAACGUGAUGUCAAUGAAUGCUGGUGGUGCUGGUGUGGGCCCAAGAGGGGGUAUGCCUAUGGGUCAAAUGGGUCAACAAAUGGGCCACCAAAUGGGCUUCAAUCUCCCCAUGGGUCAACUGCCUGCGGUCCAAGGCCUCCCCGCGCCACCGCCCAUUGGCGGCGGCGCUCCCGCCGCUGGCGGGAACUACUUCCAAGGCGGCGGGCACGAUAUCCCGAGCGGAAACCCCUACCAGCAGCAACAAUUGGCGGCGAUGAUGAUGAACCAGCAGCGGGCGAACGGGAACGAGAGGUUCCAGCCAAUGAUGUACGCCCGCCCGCCGCCCGCUGUCAACUACAUGCCGCCUUACCCUUACUACCCAUACCCUCCUCCGCCGAAUGACAACUACAGCACCGCCUUUAGUGAUGAGAACACCUCCAGUUGCAGCCUCAUGUAAGGAGUUUCCGGCGGCGGUCUCCGGCGAGCCGGCGGCCGGAGUGGUUAGUGUUAUAAAAACCCUUCACUCCAAAUGGUUCAAAAUUAUUAGCUUAAAGCUAGCUGUUUUAUGCCAUAUUAUACAAGAAAAUGAAUUUUCCAUUUCCUAUUUACUUACUAAUCUCUAGGGGUUCUUUUUUUAUAUAAUUAAUUUUUAUUUUUGCCCCAUUUGUUUUUUUUCUUCUCAAGUUUGUUUAAUUGCCCUUCAAAUCCUAAGGUUUGGUUUGAUUAGUGGCUUAAUGAUGGGGAGCAUCAAAUUUGAAUUGAUUUGAUAGGGCAUUAGUGAGUGGGACAUUUGG